GUGCCGGGCACCGCGACCUGCAGCCGCCGCGCCUGCCUGCCCGGUGCGCAGCUCAGCCCGGCGCGGAGCAGAGGAGGGGCCCAUUAGCAGCCGCGGAGGAGGCGGAGGGGAUGCCGGAGAGACACAAAGCCGGCGGGGGAAGCAGCCCACGGCUCGUCCCGGGAUGGGGGCGCCGCGUCGGGUCCGCCUGAUGGCGCUGCCGCGGGUGCUCUGGGGCUCCGUCCCCCUCAUCCUCCUGCUGCUGCCCGCGGCCGAGCCCAUCUGCCCCGAGCCAUGCGACUGCCAGCAGCACCAGCACCUCCUCUGCACCAACCGGGGCCUGCGCUCCGUGCCCAAGACUGCCGAGCCGCAGGAUAUCCUCACCUACAGCCUCGGGGGCAACUUCAUCGCCAACAUCUCCGCCUUCGACUUCCACCGCCUGGCAGGGCUCCAGCGCCUGGACCUGCAGUACAACCGGAUCCGCUCGCUGCACCCCAAGGCCUUUGAGCGCCUGGAGCGGCUGGAGGAGCUUUACUUGGGCAACAACCUGCUGCCAGCGCUGGCCCCUGGCACGCUCAGCACCCUGGCCAAGCUGCGCAUCCUCUACGUGAACGCCAACGAGAUCGGCCGUCUCAGCGCUGCCUCCUUCUCCGGCCUCGGCAGCCUUGUCAAGCUGCGACUGGAUGGCAACGAGCUGGGCUCGCUGGGCGAUUCCACUUUCUCAGGGCUGCCAAACUUACUCUAUCUGCACCUGGAGUCCAACCGCAUCCGCUGGCUGAGUCGCGGCGCCUUCACUGGCCUGGCCAAGUUGCGCUUCCUCGACCUCUCAGGGAACCAGCAGAGCUCCCUUCGCCACCCAGAUAUCUUUGGGCCGCUGCGCUCCCUUCACACCCUGCUGCUGGCCAGCAACAGCCUGCGGCAGCUGACGGGGGGGCUCUUCCAGCACCUGCCCGGCUUGGCGAAGCUCUCACUCAGUGGCAACCGACUGUCUCACCUGGCCCCGGAUGCUUUCAGGGGGCUGGGCUCCCUGAAGGAGCUGCGCCUGGAGGGGAACCUGCUGAGCCACCUACCUGCCACCCUGCUGGAGCCGCUGGACAGCCUGGAGGCACUGGACCUGAGCCGCAAUGCACUGACCGCCCUGCACCCGGCCGCCUUCGGCCGCCUCGGCCGCUUGCGGGAGCUCAGCCUGCGCGACAACGCACUGGCCACGCUCCCCGGCGAGCUCUUCGCCUCCAGCCUGGCCCUCUACCGCCUGGAGCUGGAGGGGAAUGCCUGGAGCUGCGACUGCCGCCUUCGCGGCCUCAAGCGCUGGCUGGCGGCCUGGCACUCCCAGGGCCGCCUGCUCACCGUCUUCGUGCAGUGCCACCUGCCACCCGCCCUGGCCGGCAAGUACCUCGACUACCUGCAGGAUGCCCAGCUGUCGCUGCCGCAGGACGGCGGCCCCUGCCCCGACGGUGCCUCUCCCUCC